GUUGUUGUUCUCACCCAGACGUCACGCACCUCGCUGUGGGAGGAUGAUCGAGUCCCCUCUAAGUUCUUUGGGCGCAAAAGUUGUCGUCGUGGCAUCCAGCGACGAGAAUCACCCACCAGAGAACAUCAUUGACGGAAACACUAACACUUUUUGGAUGUCCACCGGGAUGUUUCCACAGGAGUUCAUCAUUCGCUUUGCUCAACCCACUGGAGUUUCUGCCGUGUCCGUGGACAGUCACAAUGGUAACGAGGACAUCAAACAUCUAAAGAUAGAAAAGAAUACGUCACAAAAUGCUUCCCAGUUUGAGCCAGUAACAGCAAAAGAGUUUGAAAAUACAGAGGGACAUCUCCAAUCAAAUACAAUUCCACUAAUUGGAAGCACUGCAACACAUCUUCGUUUUAUCAUCACUGCAGGAUAUGAUCACUUUGUUUCAGUGCACAGAGUCAGUAUACAAAAUUGAGACACUUUGUUUUUGUGAACUCAUGCCUUAUAAUAUGUGGCAGUAAUUGUUGUAAACAUUAGUAGAUCUCAUUAUAUGCUCAAGCUGUUGAUUAAGGACACGCACACUCAUCUUCUCCCUGUUGGCAAAAUGUUGCAACAGUAUAUGUUAAUCUAAUAAACAUUUUUAUGAACACUUUGGAAAAAUCAAUUAUGUAUUCUCCAACUAAAUAAAUGUAAAUUAAAUCAAAUUA